AUGAAGGGUGCCAUUUUCACCUUAUUUCUAUUCUCUGUCCUGCUCGCUGUCUCAGAAGUGAGGAGUGAAGAGUCCAGGAAGCUCUGUGGGCUGGAGUACGUAAGAACGGUCAUCUACAUCUGUGCCAGCGCCAGAUGGAGAAGGCAGCUGGAGGGGACCCCUCAAGUUCAGCAAGCUGAGUGGGACAACUACUUCCAGCUGCCAAGUGACCGUGGGGUCUCUGAGGACAGCCCUGCGCAAAACCUUCCCAAGGCGGAGUCCUCCGGGGAGGAAGGUCUUCAGGGUGGACAGCCGUCCGCCGAGGAGCUUUGGGCGUCCAAGAAGCAUUUGCUGAUGUCAAGACGAGACCUGCAGACGGUGUGCUGCACCAAUGGCUGUUCCAUGACUGACUUGAGCGCUCUCUGUUAGGGCGAGCAAGGCCCCCGCGGGGGCGCCAGAGCUGGGGCGCGUGUUUGCGCAGAGUCCUUACUCCCCGUACAACACUGGCAUCGUGUCGAUAAAAUAAUGGGUUUUGGGUAGGCAAGCGUUCUUUACUCAAAGUUGUGCAUGAAUGGCUAAAAUCUCAAUGAGGUCUGUUUUCUCCCUUUG